AUGAUCACCGGCGCCAGCCGGGGCAUCGGCAAGACCAUCGCAUUGGGGCUCGCCGCGGAGGGUUGCCGGCUGAGCCUUUGCGCCCGAGGCCGGGAGGAUCUCGAUGAAACCGUCAGCGAGCUCCGGGCAAGCGGUGCGGAGGUCCUUUCAUCGACCCUGGACGUCACCGACGAGAACGCGGCGCGCCGGUGGUUCGACGAGACCCGGGACCGGUACCAAACCAUCGACAUUCUCGUGAACAACGUCGGCGGCUCGCGCCCCGGCGGGAACCUUUCCGCCUCGAACGACGACUGGCACCGCGGUCACGGCGGAGGCACGGGCCACUACGAGGCGGUCGAGAUCACCUACGAUCCGGCCAAGGUCAGCUACGAGGCCCUGCUCACCGCGUUCUGGCACUCGGUGGAUCCGACCGAUGGCGGCGGCCAGUUCUGCGACCGCGGCCAGUCCUACGAGACCGCGGUUUUCGCCGCGAACGAGAAGGAACGUGGCCUUGCCGAGGCUUCCAAGAAAGCGGCGCAAAAGAGGGUCGACAAACCCAUCGUCACCCCGAUCCUGGCCGCCAAGCCGUUCUACGCCGCGGAAGAUUAUCACCAGGACUAUUACACGAAUAACCCGCUCCGCUACCGCUACUACCGGUUUAGCUGCGGCCGCGACAGUCGAGUGAAGGAGAUCUGGGGCAAGCACGCCUACGAAGGCAUCCCGGACCACGGGUGA